UCCGUUUUAAAUAUUAUAUUUACUGUUAUUAAAUAAUUAAUAGAAAUGACGCGAAUUACAUUUUUACACCCGGACCUUGGAAUUGGAGGUGCCGAACGAUUAGUAGUCGAUGCAGCGUUAGCUUUAAAGAAAAAAGGUCACGAUGUUAAUUUCGUGACAACUCAUCAUGAUCCAGAUCACUGUUUUUCCGAAACUAAAGAUGGAACAAUUCCCGUCACAGUUGUUGGAGACUGGCUACCCACGCAUAUUUUGGGUAGAUUCUUCGCACUUUUUGCUUACAUUCGAAUGAUAUAUGCAGCUAGUUACAUCAUUUUUUGCGAACAUCGACCAGAAAUUGUAUUCUGUGACUUAGUUUCUGUAUGCAUUCCUAUUCUUCGUCUGAGAAUUCCAUAUGUAAUAUAUUAUUGCCAUCAUCCAGAUCAGCUGUUGUCUCAACCAGGAGGCAUUGCUAAACAAUUAUAUCGUGUACCAUUAAAUUAUUUGGAAGAAAUCACAACUGGAAUGGCGCAAAAAAUAUUUGUAAAUAGCUUAUACACACGUGGUGUAUUUAAGGAUACUUUCAAAAGAUUACAAGUUGAACCUGAAGUAUUAUAUCCUUCUAUUAACACAGAUUUUUUUGACAAAACUAGAAUCAUGUCUUUGGAAAGGGUACUUGAUAAAAAAUUACCACCAGAUAGUAUUAUAUUACUAUCAAUUAACAGAUACGAACGAAAAAAGAAUUUGGGAUUGGCAAUAGAAGCAUUGGCAGAACUUAAAAAGUACUUAACAGAUGAUGAAUAUAAAACAGUGCAUUUAAUUAUGGCAGGAGGAUACGAUAAAAGAGUUGAAGAAAAUGUAGAACAUUAUCUAGAAUUAAUAGGGCUUGCUGAUGAAUUACAUGUUACAGAUAAAGUGAUAUUUCUUCGUUCACCUUCAGAUAUUGACAAAAUAUCUAUUCUACAUCAUUGUAAAAUUUUAAUAUACACACCACCAAAUGAACAUUUUGGUAUUGUACCCCUUGAAGCAAUGUAUGCGAGUAAACCAGUGAUUGCCCAUAAUUCCGGGGGUCCAAAAGAAUCUGUGAUUUCUGGAAUAACUGGAUUUUUAGUCGAUUUAUCAGGCUAUUCAUUUGCUUCAAAACUAGCAUAUUUGAUUAAGAAUCCAACUCUCAUGCACGAAUUUGGUAUUUCGGGUAAAGACAGAUUUAUGAAAAUUUUUAGUUUUGCUGCAUUUACUGCUCAGUUAAAUGAAGCUAUUGAAGACUUAAUUAGCAGUAAGAAAGAAGAAUAAUAUUAUAACAGCUAAAGUUUUAUAUACUACAAGUGAAUUUUUGCCUUAUUACAUGUUAAUUAUAUUUUUUAUA